AUGGUAAUUUUGAUGGUGUUACAAUUUGGGGCCAUUCAUUCAAAGCCAACUACUUAUAUGGUUGGAGACGAAGAUGGCUGGGACUCGGGCCUUGACAUGGAAGGUUGGACUAAAGGAAAAACCUUCCAUGCCGGUGAUUUUCUGGUUUUCACAUAUGAUGGUCAGCAGUUCGAUGUAGCGGUGGUAAAUCAAACCGGGCAUGAUUCAUGCAGCCUUAAUGACGGAGCCAAAGUGUUUCACUCCGGGAACGAUAAAAUUCAACUUGCCUUCGGAGCUAAUUAUUUCAUCGACACCGUUGCCGAUCUUUGUGCCGCCGGAAUGAAAAUGGCCAUCAACGCCACCGCACCUCCCCCAUCUGUUUAAUCUGUUUAUGACUAUGAAUAUGUAGAGUUUAGG